AUGAAGCUUAGGUUCUCUUACUUUUUUGGAUAUUGUGGAUACUUCCUUUUUCUGAAAGUGAUGAUGUCUUCAGGGAAAAUGAUGGUGUCUACUCACAAAGGACAGGUGUUAGCUAGAGUAGGAGGCCAGGCUGAGCUCAGCUGCCAGGUGACCCCACCACGCAGUGUGGAGUAUAUGGAGGUACGCUGGUUCAAGAGUGGCCAUUCCCAACCUGUUUACCUAUACCGAGGUAGCCAAGGAGUGAGUGGAGAAGCUGCACCUGAAUAUGUGAAUCGUAUGGAGUUUGUGAAAGAGGCUAUUGGGAAGGGAAAAGUGGGCCUCAGAAUUCAUAAUAUCAGCAUUUCUGAUGAUGGGCUUUACCAGUGUUUAUUUAAUGACAGUGCCUUCGGUUAUGUGGACAGCAUGAACCUCAGUGUGGCAGCAGUUGGAUUGGAGACACAGAUCCAUAUUCAGGCUCCAGGUGCUGAUGGAGUCCUUGUGGAGUGUGACUCAGCAGGGUGGUUCCCCGAGCCACAAAUGGAAUGGAGAGACAGCAGGGGGAAAGCACUUCCACCAUCAUCAAAAUCAUAUUCACAGGAUGAAGCUAGAUUUUUCCACUUAAAGACAACUCUACUCACAAACAGAUCACAGGGUGGUAUCCUGUGCUGGAUUUCCAACCCUUUAACAGGUGAAGAGAAGCAAAUAAGUGUCAUCUUAGCAAAUGACCUCUUUAAUCGCGACCACAUUUGGAUGAACCUUUUAAUUUGCAUUACACUUAUGAUACUCUUUGUAUUUUUGAUACACAUCUGCUACUUUCAUCACAUAAGCCAAGGGUCUACAACUAAUCGUCAACAUCAGUGUCACCGUGUAUUUAACCCAGAGCCUAUUCAAAUACUGAGUUUCUUAAUCUGUACUAUAGUACUCUUUGCUGUAUAUCUACCACUUCGGAGCAGAGUCUCUAUUUCAGAUCCUCAAUUUUCCUUAUACAACUCCUGGAUAACAGAAUUGCUAUUUGUGAUAUUUUUCCUGGUGAUAUGUUUCAUCUUACCAAUCAUUAUAUCAUUAUUGAAAGAAUGGAGGUUUCAAUCAAUGCAGAAGAAGACUCAGAAACUUAACUUCCAUGAGACCUCAAUCCUACACAAAGAACUGUAGGCAACUGAGGAAAGCUGGAAGCAGAAGAGGUGUUUUCCACGGGGAAGUGCUACCAAUUGA